UACAGACACAGUUUAAUUCCAGAAUGGAAAAUUUGCUUACAUAUCUGUAAAUCUUACACAGUAACAGCUUAAGUCCAGCCUGGAAAGUUUGCAUACACAUAUAUUUGUUAAUGUUACACUGUGUUCUUUCAUGCAGGGCAGACUGCUAUGUAAUAUUAGUCAUAUUUUCCUUCACUAGCCAAUGCUAGAAACAGCUUUUAGACCUAGUCCAUAGAUGGUGUGAAGGCAUUAACAUGUAAGCUCUGACAGAGACAAGAUCUAUGUGUCUGUCUUGUUUAUCGAAUAUGCCAAGACAGGCAACGUUCCACAUGAAAUGUAUUAAUAGAGGAAUAUUAAUCUGGUGCAAAAUGGUCCAUCACACACCAGUACGACUAAAUAUGUCAGCACAGGAUUGUAGAGGAGAAAUAAUGACAUCAGGUCAUUUGUAAUAUGGGCGUGGCUGCAUUGUAUCUUCAGGUGAGUAUAACAUAGUAGGUGUGGAAUUGGAAAUAAAUACAACAUAUCCACGGAACAGACAAAAAAUGCAGUUAAUCUACAACAGAAGGGAGCCUAAGCAAGUGAUCAUAGCUGGAUAUUAUUUGCAAUCAUUGAGCAUUAAAACAAAAUGCGGAAGGUGCAUCAAAAGCUGUUAUUUGUCCUCAUCAUCUCUUCUGCCGUCUUUGGCUUUUAUUUCCAUAUUAAAUGGACCAAAAAUAUGUUUUUCACCGCCAGUUUUCAAAACUUAGUUACUCAGGAAAACCGGAAGGCUAUUGUGAUGUCUAUUUGUGAAAACAACAAUCUCACCAAUUCUUCACUUUCACUGGACAGAAAAGUGGCUGCUCAGUUGUACGUGGAACACAGCCACAAAUUCAUAUACUGUGAGGUGCCAAAAGUGGGCUGCUCUAACUGGAAGAGAAUAAUUCUUCUAUUAAACAAAUCUUUAGGGCUCACAGUAACUGAUCUUAAUCAUUACGAUGUUCAUAAAUCUCGGUUACUAAUCAAGUUAAGCUCCUACAAUUCUUCUGUACAGAGACAGCUUCUUGCAAAUUAUACCAAAGUGAUGUUCACUCGGCAUCCUUUAGAGAGAGUGGUUUCCGCCUACCGAGACAAGUUCCUUCAUGAAGAUGACAUCUACUAUAGUAAAAUGAUUGCAAAUUUGAUUAAAAAAGCCAUAGGAAAGAAUACCAAUUCCACAGAGAAAAUUACUUUUGAAGACUUUGCUCGCUUCAUAGUUACAGAAAAUCCGAAAUAUAGAGAUACUCAUUGGAAACCAAUGUAUCACCUCUGCGAUCCUUGCAAUAUCCAUUAUGACAUCAUCGGCAAGUUUGAAACAAUAAAACAGGAUGCAGAUUUUGUUCUGAAGUUCAUUGGGGCCCCCAAAGAUUUGAUUUACCCCAGCAUAAAACACCAUGCUAAUGAAACACGUACAAAUGACCAAAUCAGCAGAAACUACCUGGAAUCCCUUCCUCCCAGUCUGUAUAGACAACUUACAAAUGUAUACAGUAUUGACUUCUCCAUGUUUCAGUACAGAUAUUACAAUUAUGCAAAUCUAUAAUAUAUUUGCUGUUCUAAGUUUGUUUUAUGCAGUUCUUUUGACACCACAAUAAUUCUUCAUCAAUUUGGCCAGAGCUAAAAGCACUUUUUUCUGUCACAAUAACACUGAAUGCAUAGAUUUGCUACAUGUUGCCCAAGCCCUUCAUACUUUUCUACGUCUGGACACGAAGCACUUGUGUUGAAAAUACUAUAAUCUGUUAAAAUGUAAUAACUUGCUGUAUUUCAUUACAUCCCUGCCCCUUCCCCAGGAGAAUGACUACAGUAGCUGCUCUUAUCCUAAUGAAAUGCAACUACUGUACCAAAGAACAAUGGGGGGAUUCAGUGGCAAUGGUAAUGCCAUUGCCGCAGUGUUUAAACGCCAGCAAUGGCUCCCAGUCUUGAACCUUUUGCCCAGAUGAUUCACACCACGAUUCGCACAAUAGUGCUAGCUACCCUAUGGUGUAGCAAACACUUUGUGUGAGUUCGCACUUCAGUAAAGUGUGGCGGGUGACACACACACACACAGACACACACACUCGUCAAGGAGAAUUCUUCGCCAACAACUGAAUUCCCGCCAGUCUCUGCAAGACCUGAACUCCAGGUUAUUUCAAAUACUUUAUUUGUAAAUAUUUGUAUUACUAUUGUAAUGUAUUUGUAAAUGUAAUGACUUAAUUUAUGGUGAAGGAGAGACUUCGAAUAAAGUAUAUUUUUAGGAAAA